AUAAUGUUCUGGAGUGAAGGUACAAGUUGAUUUUCUUCUAGUCAUGGACAUAUUUUAAAAUUGGAACCUCCGGUUCGGAAAUAUUAAAAAUGCUUUGCAGAUCUAUUUAUAAUUUCUGUUUAAUUUUAUUUUUCUUACAGUUUCCGACAUAUUUCUAAACUAUGGGAACGAAAGGGAAUAUUAAAUGCUGUGCCGCAGUUUUUCAUUUUCUGAUAUUUAUCGCUGGUGUAUCUAGUUUGUCUAUGGGAAUAUAUAUCAUAGCCUCCGAUUAUGGAGCACACCAGUUAUCUGCUGUCCUAGGUGAUGAACUGUAUCAUGUAGCUGCCUACAUAGCUAUUGCCGGAGGAACUGCCAUCGCCAUCAUUUCACUCUGUGGUGUCUGUGGAUCUCUGAAAGAAAAGAAAUGUGUCUUGGUCAUUUAUACAGUUCUCAUGGCGAUCAUUCUUGUAAUAUUACUAGUCACAGCAAUCCUAUUAUUCGUUUUCGUUGGACAGAUGUCUGGUAAAAUUCAGAACUCUAUGAAGACUGCUUUGAUAAACAAAUAUGGCGUAAACUUGGAUCAUUCUGAAAAUAGAAUGGUAACAGAAGUAUGGGAUCUAAUGCAGAAGAAUUUGGAGUGUUGUGGAGUACAUGGAGGAAUCAAUUCGACAGAUUCAUGGGCGAUAUACAAAACGAACUCUCAAUGGUUCAAAAGGGGAAACAACAGGAAAGCCUAUGUUCCCGAUAGUUGCUGUCGUCAUGACGGAGAUAUAAUUGCUUGCACUGGAUUAAAUGGUACAGAAGGCACUCCAAUAGAUGGACCUCCAGUAAGCGGAAAUAUUAAUCCUCAUCUUUAUCAUAAGGGUUGUUAUGAUGAGCUUGUUAACUAUGUUCAGGGACAUGUAUUAAUGAUUGGAGGAAUUGCUGUUGCAUCUAUUGUUGUCAUUUUAUUUGGACUGAUUUUCAGUAUGUCUCUGUAUAGAUCAAUACGAGAAGUGGAUUCUUACUGAAGCUAGUCUUCACAAAAAUUUUGCCACGAUACGCCAGUCGGAAGAGGAUCACCUUGAUGUUUUGAAGUUUCCUGACAAUCUUGACAACGUCUUGAGAAUCCGACUUGAUUCCAUUCUUCGUAUUUUAUAUAAAUAUGGACUCUUGUGCGUAAAUACUUUUGAAAAUGAAAAAAAAACUUUUUCACAUUCUAGGCUUCUAGUCCUUAUAUCCAACAGCUACUUGAUCAUUGUAUUUUAUUCAUUUUGUAAAAACUUCCAUUGAGCUUAGUAUUGUUGGAUAUUUAAGAUAUAUCUGGAAAAAAAUGUUCAUCAUUUGUCACUUUAAUUUAUAUUUAUUUUAUUUAUUUGUAGAAGUUAUUGUUUUUAAAUAAAUGUUAUGCUAUCGA